AUGGCAUGCUUCGAUGGAUACCUGAUGCUUUUGCUCCAGCAGUACUUCAAAGACGUGAGGUCGGGGAAACCCGCUGGGGGUUCCAUCGGAGGCGGUGCAGAAAUCCUUCUGUUGCACCCUGGGCAACCUGGCCACAGCCGAAGCCCACGGCGGCCUGCUGCCCUUCCAGGCCGCUGCCCACAGAGGGUCUCCUUGGGCCCUUCGCUGCGUUCAUUGAAAAAUCGUCAGGCGGGUCAAUGGCAGUUGCGUGACGCCGACGGUUGGCGAGAUGAUGGUGAGGUGAAGGUCCUGCGAGGCGCUGGCCUUGCGCAGUUUGGCCUUGGGGCCUUGGGUCCUCUGUCCUUUCCGCCGGUGUUGUACCUGGUCACUGAGCACAGCGAUGCCAUCUAUGAACUCGUCGCGGAGCCGUUUGGCUUCAGGAAAGAGUCGUGGCUCUAUAGCACAACGGAUGGCUUCUGGUGUCUUUCCAAGAAGGACUAUCCCACCUUGGGCAGUGGUUGCAGUUUGGGAACCUUGGCUUCUUUGCAGCCCCAUGGAGGCUCCAUGCCGCACUUGUGCGAAGCAUGGCAGGUGCGUAGCUCUAGUGGCUGGGAAACUUCUGGAGCCCUGCUGCAGACGAAUCCACCCGAGAGCCCCAGUGUUUUGCACGUGGAGGAGGGUCCAAUCCUCUUCAGCACCCCAGAUGGUUGGCUGCUUCAAACCUCCAACCCUCUGGAUGAAUCGACGCUGCCUCAGCUGCAAGUCACUGCCUUGCAGCGGGCGGACAUGCUGGGGACCUAUCAACCCGCAAGCGAGGUUGCUGGAAGCUUCAGUGACGAUAAGCCCAUUGGUUUGUUAAUGGACCACCCGCGAAGCGCGGACGUUCUGUUUAGAGGCUGA